CGGGACUUUCCCCCUGGAGGGACGUGCCUUGGCCGCCCUCCUCCCAAGCGCAGCGUCGGUGGCUCCUCGCGGGAUCCGGGACUGGAGCGUCUUUCCUCUCCUCUGCAAAGCCAGGAGGCCCCUGAUUCGUGGGGCUUGGAGGAUUUGAAGCAGGAGUCUGUAGCCCAGUUGGAGGCAUCCUUGGAACAGUAAGAAAGAUGGAAGACCAAGACUCAGCCGGCCUGGGUGGGGAGAAGACCCUCAGCUCAGAUGUGCGGCGCCAGCAAUUCAGAAAGUUCUGCUACCAUGAGGCCGAGGGACCCCGAGAGGUUUGCAGCCAACUCCAUCACCUUUGCCAUGAGUGGCUGAAGCCAGAGCGAUGCACAAAGACUCAGAUCCUGGACCUGGUGAUCUUGGAGCAGUUCCUGACCGUUCUUCCCUCAGAGAUGGAGAGCUGGGUGAGGGAAUGCGGAGCAGAGACAAGUUCCCAGGCGGUGGCCCUGGCCGAAGGUUUCCUCCUGAGCUGGGCAGAGAACAAGAAGCAGGCAGAGCAGCAGGUAAAGGGUCUCUUUGCGGAGGUGGCAGCUAAUUUCCCUGAGAGAGAGAGUUCUUCACUGGAUUUGAAAGAGUGCUUCCUGCUAAGGAGAAACGUUCUGGAGAGCAGUGGAGGUGCUGCAUUACUCAGUGAAGAAAUACUGGUGGCAAGACCUGCUCAGCCGUCUCCUGUUCGCAACAGACAGGAAGCAGUUGCUGUGGCACCAGAUCAGGGUCCCGUGUUGUUUGAGGAGGUUGCUGUGGAUUUCACAGAGGAGGAGUGGGCUCUGCUGGAUGCUGACCAAAGGGCACUGCAUAAAAUAGUCAUGGAGGAGAAUUGUAGGAAUGCUUUCUCUCUUGGACAUGAAUGGAAAACCAAAAAUGAGGGAGAACCACAUGGGGUGUUUGCAGAAUGGGACACAUGUAUACAGAGAGACGGUCAGAGAAGGAAAAAAGGGGAAGAAAAGGGGAGGAAUAAGUCCCCUUCUUCUCAUGGCCGCGUGAGCCAUCAAAUCCUGGUCCAAGAAAAUACGCAAAAGAGAAAAGAAGCAAGUACGCGCUUUGUAUAUUGGAGAAGUUUCCCUUCUAAAUCAAGACGGAAAACUCAUUACAAAAUCCACACAGAUGAAAAACAAUUUAAAUGCCUGGAAUGUGGAAAGAGAUUUUCACGAAAGACACAUCUCUCUAUUCACCAAAGAGUUCACACCGGCGAGAAACUGUUCAAAUGCUUGCAGAUUGGAAAGAGAUUCCGUCAGAAGACUGCUCGUCAAAGAACUCACACAGGGGAGAAAGCAUAUAAAUGCUUAGUGUGCGGAAAGAGCUUUCACCAAAAUUAUGUCCUUUUUACUCAUCAGAGGAUCCAUACAGGGGAGAAACCUUUUAAGUGCUUAGCCUGUGGAAAGAGCUUCUGUCAGAAGAUACACCUCACUACUCAUCAAAGAACCCACACUGGAGAGAAACCGUAUAACUGCUUGGAGUGUGGAAAGAGCUUCACUCGGAAGACGAAUCUCACAUCACAUCAAAGAAUUCACACAGGGGAGAAGCCAUAUAAAUGCUUGGAGUGUGGAACAAGCUUUCGUAACACUUCUACCCUUGUUAAUCAUCACAGGAUCCAUACUGGGGAGAAAGCGUUUAAAUGCUUGGAGUGUGGAAAGAGCUUCCGUCAGAAGAAAAAUCUUUCUGCUCAUCAAAGGCUUUACACCGGGCAGAAAGCAUAUAAAUGCUCAGAGUGUGGAAAGAGCUUUCAUCGAAAUUCUGCCCUUGUUACCCAUCAGAAGAUCCAUGUAGGGGAGAAAUUAUUCAGAUGCUUGGAGUGUGGAAGCAGCUUCUUAAGGAAGACACAUCUCACUACUCAUCAGAGAAUUCACACUGGGGAGAAACCGCAUACAUGCUUGGAGUGUGGAAAGAGCUUUUCACAGAAGAUCCAUCUCACCACUCACCAAAUAAUUCACACUGGGGAGAAGCCGUAUAAAUGCUUGCAGUGUGGGAGGAGCUUUACUCGCAAGUCAAAUCUCACUUCCCAUCAAAUAAUUCACACACGGGAGAAGCCUUUUAGAUCAAGGAUGGAAAAGGAAGAUUCAGCUGCCCACGAAGCAGGAAGAAGUCCUUGUACAAACCAGGCUGGCAGCCCCAGGGAAUUCUGGGAAAGAACAGUGCAGAAGGUCCUGGGGAAGGAGGACACGCUCGGCUCAGAUGUGCAGCGCCAGCGUUUCAGACAGUUCUGCCACCAAGAGGCCAAAGGGCCCCGAGAGGUUUGCAGCCAACUCCACCAUCUCUGCUGUCAGUGGCUGAAACCAGAGCGACACACAAAGAAUCAGAUCCUGGACCUGGUGAUUCUGGAGCAGUUCCUGACCAUCCUCCCAGAAGAAAUUGAGAGCUGGGUCAGGGAAUGUGGAGCAGAGACCUGUUGCCAGGCAGUGGCCCUGGCUGAAGGUUUCCUCCUGAGCCAGGCCGACAACAAGAAGCAGGCAGAGCAUCAGGUAAAGGGUCCAUUUGCAGAAGUGUCUGAAGAUUUCUCUGCACCGGAGAAGGUUCUGUCAGAGACCAAAUGCAAUCUCUUGCAAAGGGAUAAUGUUCAGGAGAUAGACAGACAUGCCACCUCACUGGGUGAUGAAAUGAGGCUGGCAAGACCUCCUCGGGCUUCUCCUUUUUGCGAUGGUCAAGAAGCAGCUACUGUGGAACCGGAUCAGGGUCUAGGGCUGUUUGAGGAGUUUUCUGUGUAUUUUACUGAGGAGGAGUGGGAUAUGCUGAAUCCUGACCAGAAAGCUCUGUAUAAAGAAGUCAUGGAGGAGAACUGUUACAGAACCCAUUACAAAAUCCACACAGGAAAGAAACCAUACAAAUGUUUAGAGUGUGGAAAGAGCUUUUGUCAAAGUUCAGACUUCAUUACCCAUAAAAGGAUCCAUGCAGGGGUGAAACCAUUUAAAUGCUUGGGAUGUGGAAAGGGCUUCUGUCAGAAGACACUUCUCGCUACCCAUCAAAGAGUUCACACGCAGGAGAAACCGCAUAAAUGCUUGGAUUGUGGAAAGGACUUUCGUUACAGUUCUGCCCUUAUUACUCAUCAAAGGAUCCACACAGGCAAAAAACCGUAUAAAUGCUUGGAAUGCGGAAAGAGCUUCUGUCAGAAGAUAAGUCUCAUUUCUCAUCAAAGAAUUCACACAAGGGAAAAACCACAUAAAUGCUUGAAAUGUGGAAAGAACUUUCGUCACAGUUCAGCCCUAACUACCCAUCAAAGGAUCCAUACAGGGGAGAAACCAUAUAAAUGCUUGGAAUGUGGAAAGACCUUUCGACACAGUUCUGCCCUAACUACCCAUCAAAGGACACACACAGGGAAGAAACCAUAUAAAUGCUUGGAAUGUGGAAAGGACUUUUGUCAGAAGAUAAAUCUCACUAGUCAUCAAAGAAUUCACACAGGAGAAAAGCCAUUUAAAUGUUUGGAGUGUGGAAAGAGCUUUGGUCAGAGGGCUUACCUUACUUUCCAUCAGAGAAUCCACAAGGGGGAGAAACCACAUAAAUGCUUGGAGUGCGGAAAAAGCUUCAUGCAGAAGAGAAGGCUCACUUCCCAUCAGAGAAUACAUACAGGGGAGAAACCGCAUAAAUGCCCAGAAUGUGGAAAGAGCUUCUGUCAGAAAGCAGAUCUCACUAUUCACCAAAGAAUUCACACGGGGGAGAAACUACACAAAUGCCUGGAGUGUGGAAAGAGCUUCUUACGAAAGACACAUCUCACUACUCAUCAGAGAAUUCACACUGGGGAGAAACCGCACACAUGCUUGGAGUGUGGAAAGGGCUUCAGUCAGAAGGCGCAUCUCACUACUCACCGAAGAAGUCACACGGGGGAGAAGCCACACAGAUGCUUGGAGUGUGGAAAGUGCUUCACAGAAAGAGCUCUUACUUCUCAUCAAAAAAUCCACACGGGGGAAAAGCCACAUAAAACUUUCAAGCGUGGAAAGGCCUUUCCUCACAGUUGCGACCUUAUUACUAGGCCUACCCAAGGCAGAAUGGCUGGCAGUAGCAACAGCUGCAGCAACACAGUCCAGACUGAUUUGCCCCCAGUCGUAUUAGUCCAUCUUCCUCCUAGUACUGCUUGUGUUGGACAACAUCAGCCACCUAUCCCGAUUCCUAACUUUCCUGAAUCUUCUGGUCGCGGGGACAAGCCUUCUCCUACUGCCGGGAUGUUGUUUGAGGAGGCAGGAGGCCCUGGCAGCAGCAGUCUUGCAGAGUCAUCCACUUUAGUGAGCGAAGGGAGACAGCUCAGCCCACUGGUGGACAUCAGUUUAUCUGAGGAGGUGUCUGUAUUAGAUGCCCUCAGCUUGAUUGAAGGUGAAGAUCUCUUCCACUCCUCUUCCCUAGGCAGAGGUGCUUCUGUCUGGAACCCUGUGGAGCAGGAGCAGCAAGAACACACCCCACCAGUGCCGCGAGGGGGUACCUCCUAUGGUUCCCCCACUGCUCCUGGGGUGGCUGUGACCCCCCAGACCGAAAGCAGCCAGCCCGAUUCACCACAGAAGCGGCAGAGCAUCGUGUGGGACCACUUUGAGGUGGGAGUGGAUCCCAGCACCGCCGUCUGCAGCCACUGCAGGCGGGUCAUGAGCAGGGGCAGAGACGCAGCACAUUAUAGUACCAGCAGCCUGCGCUUGCACCUACAGAGGCAGCACCCGUCCAUCGUGCUAGGAGCACAGGAAGCCAAGUCCCAGCCGUCGGGGAGCAAGGGCAAAUGGGUGGCAACCUAGUGCCAGGAGUAAGGUCAAAGUCCUCUGCCAAAUCUCUGUCUCCCCUCAAGCCAAGAAGCUUAGGCCGGCAACGGUGGGGAGGAGGUGGAGCAAGGGAGGUGGGCCGCGAGGUGGAGGUUUUGAAUACCAGACCCAAUCGCAAAAUGCAUGGAAGACGGUUGUGAUGAAAUGGAUUGGCAUCAGAACUAAAACCAUAUGCACAUAACCAAGUGUUUGGUAAGAGCGAUUUAAAGUAGUUCAUAGGUAACAAUAAAUAAUAAACAUGGAAUUAAUAAAUAAACCUAAUAAAACAAUUUAGCCAAAUAUAUGCAACGUAUCAAAACGCUACUUGGCGUCAAAUGCUUUUUGACCUUUAGGUCUUCAGUGGUCUUCAUUACAUAUCUGUAUGUACAGCCACUUUUUGGCUUGAAUAUCUGAUGCUGGGAAACAGUUUACAAAUAAUGGCAAAUAUAUGUAUCUAAUAGCGUUUAUUAUAUCGAAUAAUAUUGAUUCUAUCUUUGCAGGUGUUGCACUGCAUGGGUGUUGUUUUUUAAAAUUAUUUGCUACGUUAAAUUAUUCUUAUCAGAUAA